AUGUGGUUCGCUGUAAUUCUAUUUCUGCAAGCACAGUUUUUCAACGGCCACGCUGGAGUGGUGGGGUCAUUUAGCCGCGGUAACAAUGAAAUUGUUGGAGGCGAAGAGAUAGAGAUAACUGAUGCUCCUCACCAAGCAGGGCUGCUGUUCAAGGGUGACUUCAUCUGUGGAGGUUCAAUAGUAGCCAAGGACGUCGUUAUUACUGCAGCACAUUGUUUGUCCACCACAAACCUAUUGGAUUACACAGUUCGCGUUGGGUCGUCGUAUUCUGGUAGCGGUGGUCAGCUCGUACGGGUUGCCAAAGUACUAAGCCACCCAGAUUAUAACUUCAACAACGAUAUAGCUAUCGUUUGGCUUUCUAAACCAGUUACAUUCAGUGACAAAGUCGCGGCUAUACCAAUGAAGGAUUCAAACGAAGAAGUACCUGAUGGUGCGAUGACACAAGUGACAGGAUAUGGAGCUACCGACCCUUGGUUUAAAUUACAGAACUACAACGUUAAGCUGCGAAGAGUUAUGGUUCCCAAAGUGAACCAUGAUGUAUGUCAAAAAGCAUAUGAACCUACAAAAAUCACCCCACAAAUGCUGUGCGCGGGCUUUCCUGAAGGCGGGAAGGAUUCUUGCCAGGGUGAUAGUGGUGGUCCUCUCAUCCACGACGGCAAACUGGCUGGUAUAGUGUCCUUUGGUGCAGGAUGCGCUAGACCAGAUUACCCUGGAGUGUACGCCAAGAUGUCAGCUCUGAGGAAGUGGGUUGAUGACCAGCUCCAUCUUAGGAAGUUGGAGCAGAUAUUGAGGGCGGAUUCCAAUUAA